UGGGGGUACAGCCCUCUACAAUCCCGGCGACUCGGGGAAGGUCAGCGCGGGCGGACGGGCGGGGCGCGCUCUUGUGGUAGCCUAGACUCACAGGCCACCCCAUCCCCACCUGAAACCCCGCCUGUCACUCGGUGUCAGCCGAACCAAUCGAUGUCCAAAGUUGCUGAGAGAAGGCGGGUCUUAUGCAAAUCGUGUCGCCUUCGAGAAGCAAAUAGUGAUACAAGAACUGGGGAGGCGGCUCCGACGCGGACCCUACAGAGCCUGGUGUCCGCCUGAUAGCCAGCCUCGUCCCCGCGGCCGCCCAAGCUCGGAGCCUUCUAGCGACUCGGCGAGCGGCCUCAGGUGGACAACCAUCUGGAAAGCCCGCCUUGGGCCAGGGACUUUCACUUCAAGCCGGGUCUCCAGUUCAAGAAGGAGGUACAGCUGCCUCCUUAAACCUAGCUCAGGCCCACCAUGGGGAAAAACAACAGCAAGCUGGCCCCCGAGGUGCUGGAAGACCUGGUCCAGAACACGGAGUUCAGUGAGCAGGAGCUAAAGCAGUGGUAUAAGGGUUUCCUGAAGGACUGCCCCAGCGGCAUUCUCAACCUGGAGGAGUUUCAGCAACUCUAUAUCAAGUUCUUCCCUUACGGAGACGCCUCCAAGUUUGCGCAGCAUGCUUUCCGCACCUUCGACAAGAACGGAGAUGGCACCAUCGACUUCCGGGAGUUCAUCUGCGCCCUUUCUGUCACCUCCCGUGGCAGCUUCGAGCAGAAGCUCAACUGGGCCUUUGAGAUGUACGAUCUGGACGGUGACGGGCGCAUCACACGGCUGGAGAUGCUGGAGAUCAUCGAGGCUAUCUAUAAGAUGGUGGGCACCGUGAUCAUGAUGCGCAUGAACCAGGAUGGGCUCACACCCCAGCAGCGGGUGGACAAGAUCUUCAAGAAGAUGGACCAGGAUAAGGAUGACCAGAUUACACUGGAGGAGUUCAAGGAGGCGGCCAAGAGCGACCCGUCCAUCGUGUUGCUGCUGCAGUGUGACAUGCAGAAGUAGAGGCCGGUGAGGGGCAGGGCCCCUGGCCAGGAAAGGCAUGGCAGCCUCCCAACCCGAUGUUCUCUCUGCUGCCCCGCCCCCAGGGGGAGGGGCGUCCCAGCCUCACUCACCCCCCGGGGGGAGGGGCGUCCCAGCCUCACUCUCUAGCUCACCCACUCCUCUGUCCAAGCCUUUCUCUCCUCAGUCAAGUUCCUCGAGCGACCACCUCAUCCUGCAAAAGAGACAGGUUCUCUCAAGUAGCCUGUCCUCAGAUAGUCUGUCAUUAGCUCCACCUCUAGCCUUGGCCUAGAACCAACAUCCUUUGGGCUUAGGAGAGUUGGCUUUUGACCCAAGAGGCGAGGUUAAGGAGGGGCUGAGGACUUGCUUUGCAAUCCUGUUGUUCCCAGGAUUAUGGUCCAAAUAAACAGCAUGGUCCCACAGGCCCCCAGUCAAAGGGCCAAACCGGGUCUGUCCUGGGCUAUCGGGAUUCCCGGAGAGGUGGUCUCUGCCCUGCCCCCUUGCUCUACCUGGCCCCUCUGGCCCCAGCCUUCGGAACGUUCAGUGAGUCCUUUCUUCAGCUAGUACUUGUUGAACACUUGCCCCAUGCCAGGCACCUGAAGGUGCUAAGAAUACGGUUGUUUACAGAAACCCAUCCCAUGCCCUCUGGAAGCUCACAGGGUAGCGAGACAACUGCGGAGGAUUGCGGUCUCAGACAGGGAGGUGGAACUCAACGGAGAUGAAGGUGCGAGGCAGCUGGCAAGUUGUCAGAACUAGUGUGUCCUCCAGCUGGUGCCACCCAAAGCUGCAGAAAGACCAACUGAAAAGCCUGUGGAAGUUUAGGUGCCACGUGGGUGGAAGUUUUAAGAAAAACAAAAUUUUAUGUAAUAUUUAUUUUUUUAGUGCCCUUUCAAAGAGAUAAGAUCAUUUUAUUAGACUAUUAAAAAUAUACUCUAUAUUACUUGAUUUCUUAAAAAAAAGAUUUAAAUGAAUAUAAAAAUGCUGAUGUUCAAGGGGGGAAAAUGUUUAGGCAAAAGCGGUAGGGCCACCAUCAGGCCUGGAGAACCCAUAUUCUCGCCACCAGCAGUUCCUGCUGUCUCUGCUAUGUCCCUUUAUUACCUUUUCUCAAUUCCACAAGUGACUUUUCUGUCGCACACCUCAGGUGCUGACGUCAGAGUAAGAAACGAAGCUUACCAUAGGCAAGCGCAGUUCAUACCCACAUCGCGGUACCAUGGGCAGGCACAGUUCAUACCCACAUCGCGGUACCAUGGGCAAGCGCAGUUUAUUCCCACAUCGCGGUACCAUGGGCAAGGGCAAAUGCAGUUCAUUUGCACAUCGCCGUACCACGGGCAAGCACAGUUCAUACCCACAUCUCGGUAGCUGGUUUCUGAGUUUGGGUUGGUUUUUCAGGGAUCGGCUUAUUCUUUCACAGCCUAAGAUAGAAGGAGCUAGAAGAAAGGGAUCUUGCGGCUGCUGUUCAGGCUUCCGGGCUGCGCUUAUCUAUGGACCAAAUGCUUAAAGAAUGUGCUGGGCGUACUCCGCGCGAAAGGCUUUUCCUAAACCCUUCCAUCCUAGAUCUGCCAGGUAAUCUACUUUGUCACCUUCCAAGCUCACCACCUUCGCUUUCUGAAUUUUAAGGUCUAUGAGCUAACUAGUGUGCUGCAUGCUCUCCAGAAAAAUCCACCUGCUUCUUCCAGUUCCUCGCUUCACUUUCGCCUGCGCUUCCUCGCGAUCAGAGGUUGGCUUUGAUGUGCGAUGACAGUUGGCUUCCUCUUGAACUGCUUGUGAAAACAGUCUAGUACAGAGAUGCCGUCAGCCAGGGUGGGCGUAGAGAGCGCUUUGUGAAGCUGGGGGCGUGUGGUGGCGGAGACUGCCCUGUAGAAGAUACGCUAUUUGCCACUUACUUCCAAGUGCUCACCUCCCUUCUGGUAGAAAUGUUUGUAGAUUCUGACCUGUGGUCCAAAGUUCUGUCAGACUUUCCUUCUUGUGGCCUUUGGAGGGAGCAAGCCACCUUCUUCCUGACCUGUCCAUCCAGGCCACGUGGUAAGGGUGAGGCAUUCUUAGCCUCAGUAGUACUGCCAGGGGUUUCUCUGGUGAUGCUUCGUGGGGUGGCUCCUUAGCUCUUGCAAACGGCCUGCUAAGCAUGUCUUUUGCUAUCAUCAGUGCCACAGACACAUAAAUGCCCAACCACCUUGCUCAGCUGGGACCUGAAUCUUCUGGUGAAAAGCUUUUCCUCCCCAUCCCCCCAAAUGUUUAAUCUAGCCCAACUCACAAUGACAACGAAUUUCUUGGCUUUCUAAGGCUUGUAUCUGCCUGCAUCUCAUUUUGUCCUCACAGCCCAAGGAGAUAGGGGUUUUCAGUACUUUUACUCAGGCUUGGAAGCUAAGGUUAAGUAAGGGUUGAGGGUGAGAGGUCUCUUGUGUGAGAGACACACAAUGCCAAGAUUUGAACACAAGGCUCUCCAAGAGUCUCUUCUCUGCUCCAUCUGAUUUGUCCAGAUGCUAACUGCAGGACAAAUGAACUUUUGCCCUUUCAGAAGUUUCCUGCCAAGAAUUUGCUGAGGCUACAGUCUUCCAAAAAGGAAGAGGAGCUUGAAGUCUCUCUACUUUCAAGCAUCCUCUUGUCGCUUCUGGGCAGCUUUGCAUGGACCAAUGCUGUUCUUGGAGGCUGCUAACCAAAUCCUGGAAGCAUCUUGCAUUGUCUUCUCCACUAUCUUCCUUCCCCAAAGAAUUGUUUUUCUUUUUCCAAGCUGGUAGGCAAGUUCUACCUAUGAGACAGAUACUCUAGGCUUCUGACCACCCACUCAUGGGCAAUAUUUGCUGUUUAGGCCAAGGGUUUCAAACAGCCAACAGACCCUCAAACUGGCUCUGCCCUCUUGCUGAUGGGAGAAGCCACAGGCAGGUUGAGCCUUGCUCCCACAUUCUCCUGGGUGUCUAAAACUCAGUAUGCCCAGGAGAGCAUGUGGUAGAGCGUCCAUCCUUGCCUUGGGAAGAGAGAGGUCUCCCAUCUCCGCUCUGGCUUAGGAAGCAUUUAGCAUGAAGCACAGGUCAACAGACAUCUGUGUAUGACUCGCACAGGCAUGAAAACCUAAAUGCAGAUAAAACACUGAUAUAUCAAAUUCUCCUUCGAGGUUCUGUAUCCUUUUACAAAAAGUCUGUGAAUCUGGUGGUUCCAAAUUUAGCCUUCUCAUGCCUGCUAUCCUCAUUCAUCCUUUCUGGCUAAGUGAUGAGCCCCUUAUUUCUCAUCCCUAAAAAUCCUCAGCGUGGGCUGCUGUGUGUGCCGCUGCGAUCCAUGCAGCUGCGUAAUUACUCGCGUACCUUUAAAAUGAAGAGAAAACCAAGCCCAUUGGCCAAGGCACCAGUUCUUUUCUGCUCUGGCGAUGGCAGAGCAUCAAAAGCAGAAAUCCAUUUAACACAGAAGGUUGUGGAAGCAAGAAGAGGACACGCUGGUCUUCCCAGGCAGGGCAGUGAGCAGACACUGUAAAUAUUUUUACACAAAAUUUAUUAAAGCAAAAGUUAUUUCCUGAAGAUCCACCCUGGGUGGGGCUUUGUGUUGGAUUUAGAAAUCACCACGGGGCUAAGAAUACAUUUCUUACAUAGCUCCUUCAUUGUGCUUAAAGAAAGCAAAGGAGUCAUGUGCUCAAUUUAAAAGUCUCAGAAAAACAUGGGGUUUUUUUUACCCCCUAGACUUUUCAGGGUUUUCUCUUCUUAGUUUUGUCGGAGUGUGGGGUAGGACAGGGUCUCUCAGAAUGCAUGGGUCCCUCUGCUUGGUGGAGGCUGCCCAGGUGCACGGUCUUCUAAGCAGUGAGGAAGCCUAGGUGUACCCCAGUUCACUAGGGGAGCCCCAGUGUAGCCCUGUCCCCUCUGGACAUGCUGCUUCUAAUUGUGUUCACAGCAACCAUCUUCACUGAUCAACCCUGUGCCACGUGGUGUGUGUUUUUCCCACUGACAAUGAAUAAAAGGUGUGACUGUA